AUGGAUCUAUGGAGUAAUAUUACCAGUAAUAAGGCAUGUUAGGGAAUUACAGGGAUGCAAGACGUCAUUUCAUUUAAUGUAUUCUGUGUUCUGUGAUAGAAGCACAACAAUAAUAGAAGCCCAAGGUUUAUAGAUAAUAUUAUCUAUAGCUGUGAUAGAAGCAAAAAAUAUUGAUAAUGGGAAUUGUGUUGAUGAAAUAAAAUAUAAAAAACUAAUACACUUGACACAUCUCUUAGUCUGUGUAAUUAUUAAUUUUAAUAGUUGUACUGUAAAAAAAUGUUAAGACCCAAAGUGUUAUCCCAAGUCUUAAGUCAAGCCAAUAGCAAUGGCGUUGAAAACACUAUGCUAUUGACAUAUGAUGGCAGCUUAUUAGCAUUUAGUGGUUACGGUGAUAGAGAUUCAAGCAUCACAGCUAUAAUUGCAGCAAAUUUAUGGAAUACUUAUCAUAAGAAUGGAUUAGCUACAUUAAAAGAAGAUCAAUUACAACUGGUUCUCAUGGAUUGUACGGAAGGCAGAAUUGCAAUUAAACAAGUUGCCAACAUUUUAUUAUGUUUGUAUGCAAAUCGAUCUGUGGAAUUUGGUUUAUUAAAAGAAAAAAUUACUGCUUUAUCAUCAUAUUUAGAUGGUCCACUCAGGCAACUUUCGGCAUCUUAAUAUACACAAUUCUAUAAUCAUUAGAUAUAAAUAUUAUCCUUUAAUUGUUUAAUAAUUUUUAAUUAUCACCAAUAUAAAUAUAUAUUAUAUUCAUACAUUGUUUAAGUAAUAUAUAUUUUAAUAUUAGUAAAUUCAAUUUUUUUUUU